GACAGCUAUCAGGAUGCUCGAAGGCAACUGCUUGCAGAAAUGAAAGCCGACGACAUCAAGGAGUUUCUGCGCUCUUUCACAAAACUCCCUCACGUGGCGGGAACGGAGCAGAAUCUUCUCCUGGCAAAGGAAAUCCAAGCCCAGUGGAAGGAAUUCGGCCUGGACACGGCCGAGCUGGUGCACUACGACGUCCUGCUUUCCUACCCGAAUGAAAGCGCCCCCAACUAUGUGUCCAUUACGGAUGAACGUGGAAACGAGGUUUUCAACACAUCACUCUUUGAGGCUCCUCCUCCGGGGUAUGAAAACAUUUCUGGGGUGUUGCCACCUUAUAACGCUUUUUCACCACAAGGCGUGUUAACGGCAGAUCUGGUGUACGUUAAUUAUGGACGCACCGAAGACUUUUUCACGUUGGAGCGAGAGAUGGGAAUCAACUGUACGGGAAAGAUUGUCAUUGCCCGUUAUGGAAAGAUCUUCAGGGGAAAUAAAGUUAAAAAUGCCAUGUUAGCUGGAGCUAAAGGGAUUGUCCUUUACUCAGACCCUGCCGAUUAUUGUGCACCUGGAGUGAAUCCCUAUCCAGACGGGUGGAACCUUCCCGGAGGAGGAGUCCAGCGUGGGAAUGUGUUAAAUUUAAAUGGUGCUGGAGAUCCUCUCACCCCAGGGUAUCCAGCGAAAGAGUACACCUUCAGGUACGAAGUUGACGAUGGAGUCGGGAUUCCCAGAAUCCCUGUUCAUCCCAUCGGGUACCACGAUGCGGAAAUACUAUUACGUUUCAUGGGAGGCCCUGCAGCCCCAGACAAGACCUGGAAGGGAAAUCUCAAUGUGUCCUAUAACAUUGGACCUGGAUUCUCAGGCAGUUACUCUGUAAGAAAAGUCAGGAUACACGUUCACACAAUCAGUAAAGUGACACGCAUCUACAACGUGAUCGGGACCAUCCAAGGAGCGGUGGAACCUGACAGAUACAUUAUUUUCGGAGGCCACAGAGAUUCUUGGGUCUUUGGCGGGAUCGACCCGACCACGGGGGCAGCCGUGCUUCAAGAGGUGGCCCGGAGCUUUGGCAAGAUGGUGAAGAAAGGUUGGAAGCCUAGAAGAACUAUCGUUUUUGCCAGCUGGGAUGCGGAAGAAUUUGGAUUAUUGGGGUCCACAGAGUGGGCAGAGGAGAAUGCCAAAAUCCUUCAGGCCCGGGCUGUCGCUUAUAUCAACACAGACUCUUCUAUAGAGGGCAACUACACGUUAAGAGUUGACUGCUCUCCCCUUCUCAACCAGCUGGUUUACCGUUUAACCAAAGAGAUCUCAAGCCCCGACGAAGGGUACGAAAGCAAAUCGCUCUACGAGAGCUGGCUCGAUAAGGACCCUUCCCCUAAAAGCCCGCAUCUUCCCAGAAUAAACAAGCUGGGAUCGGGCAGCGAUUUUGAAGCGUACUUCCAGCGGCUGGGGAUCACGUCUGGCAGAGCCCGUUACACCAAGAACAGGAAACUGGACAAAUUCAGUAGCUAUCCUGUCUACCACACAAUCUAUGAGACCUUUGAGUUGGUGGAGAGGUUUUAUGACCCCACUUUCAGGAAGCAGCUCACCGUCGCUCAGAUCCGAGGAAGCUUGGUUUACGAACUUGCUGACUCCCAAGUCAUUCCUUUCAAUUGCCAAGAUUAUGCGGAAGCUCUGAGAUCCUACACCCAGGAGAUCAACGAUUUGGCCCAGAAACACAAGGCAGAACUUGAGACUUACGAAGUAUCCUUUGGUCCUCUUUUUUCCUCCGUGGCUAAUUUCACAGCAGCUGCAGCAGAUUUUCACCAAAGGCUGUCACAGCUUGAUAAGAACAAUCCCCUGGCCGUGCGGCGCAUGAACGAUCAGCUGAUGCUCCUCGAGAGAGCAUUCACGGACCCGCUGGGCUUGCCAGGCAGACAGUUUUACAGACAUGUUAUUUUCGCACCGAGUAGUCAUAACAAGUACGCCGGCGUCUCCUUCCCUGGGAUCUACGACGCCAUGUUCGACAUCACGAGCAAGAAGGAUCAGCGGAAAGCGUGGCAGGAAGUCAAGAGGCAAAUCUCCAUUGCGGCCUUCACGGUGCAGGCUGCCGCAGGGACCCUGAUAGCUGUGGUAUAG